UAUUUGUCCACCCUAAUUUUGAGUCGUAUAUGCCCAUACUAAUCCCAUAUCUCAAGAUUCUCAGCUACUUGAUCUGGCAUCCUAACUACUCGACCUCUCAGUCGCUGAUUUAGUCUCCCUAGAUCUGAGCUGAAUAACAAUAUCAAUUUCAGUUCUGACUUCCAAAGAAGGUUGAAGUUUGAUUAUAGGAGUUCACAACGGUUCGCGGCUUCAUGUGAGCUGGGCUUAUAGGGUAUUAUUGCUUACUUUGUGUUCAAUCAACUAUACAUCUGACCUGGAUUUCGACUACGCAGUGAAACUUUAGGAGGGUAGUUGGAAACAUAGAAUUGAGGUUCCUUCAUUGGCACGAAAUUGCCAAUUUCACACGCUGGUGCUUCUACAAGUUAUUGGAUUGUGAAGGGCUCUUAUGUGCGUUGUACUUUGAAGCUCAAAGGAAACAUCUUUCCUACUUAUUGAGUCGGAAAGUUUUACAGAAUUUGCAAGCAUUGCAUAGCUUCAUGUUAAAAGCUUGAUUUUGUUAAAAUGUUUAUUGAUAUUCUUGAGCAAUUGGAGAUUGAUUAGCUGAAAAAAUGGCACUAAAGCUUCCAGCUGCUGAAGCAGCCAAGACUGCUAUUAAGUCGAUAGGAUGUGGCUAUGAUAUAUCCUUAGACUUGAGGCUUAAAUACUGUAAAGGCGGUCCAUUCAAUAAGCGUCUGAUUGACAUCAACGAGGACAAAUGCCAAGAAAUUGUUCUUCCGGGUGGGAUUUUAAUCCCGAACGUGCCCAAGUCUAUUAAAUGUGAUAAAGGAGAACGCACAAGGUUCCGAUCUGAUGUUCUGUCUUUCCAACAGAUGUCAGAGCACUUCAAUCAGGAAAUAUCUUUGACUGGUAAAAUUCCCACAGGGCUCUUCAAUGCAAUGUUUGAUUUUUCUGGCUGCUGGCAGAAGGAUGCUGCUUGCACAAAAAAUCUUGUUUUUGAUGGUGUUUUCAUCACAUUGUACUCUAUUGCGCUUGAAAAAUCUCAUAUGGUGUUAAGUGAUCAUGUGAAGAAAGAAGUCCCAUCAACAUGGGAUCCUGCAGCAUUAGCAAGGUUCAUUGAGAAAUUUGGUACUCACAUUGUUGUUGGUGUAAAGAUGGGGGGAAAAGAUGUUAUAUAUUCAAAACAACAACGCUCCUCAUCACUUGAACCUGCUGAUGUCCAGAAAAAGUUAAAGGAAAUAGCAGAUAAGAGGUUUUCAGAUACUAACGAACAAUAUAGAUCAGAUUCGGAACAGGUUUCUCAGAAUGACAAGUUUGAAGCUAGGGAGACGCGUCUGAGAUUUGCAGAAGCUAGUGCAUCAAGUUCUUACGUGUACAAGGAGGACAUUGUUAGCAUUUGCAAAAGAAGAGGUGGGAGUGAUUACAGAAACCUAACCCAUAAUGAGUGGUUAAAUACUGUCCAGUUAGAGCCAGAUGCAAUCUCUAUGUCCUUCAUCCCCAUAACAUCACUUCUGAAUGGCAUACCUGGAAGUGGAUUUUUGAGUCAUGCUAUCAAUUUGUACUUGCGCUAUAAACCACCCAUUGAAGAGCUUCACCAAUUUUUGGAAUUUCAGCUUCCAAGGCAAUGGGCACCGGUGUUCAAUGAUCUCCCUCUCGGUCCACAGAGAAGGAAGCAAAGUUCAGCUUCGUUACAGUUUAGUUUUCUUGGUCCAAAGCUGUAUGUAAACACUGUUCCGGUCGAUGUUGGCAAGAGGCCUGUGACCGGCCUUCGGUUGUACCUUGAAGGCAAAAAGAGCAAUUGUUUGGCCAUCCACUUGCAGCACCUCUCGUCUCUUCCUAAUAUAUUCCAACUUCAAGAUGAUCCACAUGGAAACUUCUGCCGAG